AGUGCCCACCUGGAGGUGAUGGAAGUGCCCAGUGCCCACCUGGAGCCCACGGAGGAGGUGACAAAUGUCCACCUGGAGACUCUGGAGGUGCCCAGUGCCCACCUGGAAACCUUGGAGGUGCUGGGGGGGGCAUCUGCCUACCUGUGCCUGCAGGGCCCAUGGAAGCAGCGGCUGAGGAGGAAGAGGAGGAGGAGGAGGAGGAGGAGGAGGAGGGGGAGGCCCAGGAGAGGCUCCUGCAGCACCUGAUGGUUCAAACAGGGCGGGACCUCCCCCAGUGCCAACUGGAGCGGGACUGGGACGUACUGGGAGAACUGGGCAGUGGCUCCUACGGGCACGUGGUGCUGGCACAGCCCCGGGACGGGGGUGCGCCGGUGGUGCUGAAGCUGCUGCGGAAGGACCGGACGGGCAGGUGGGGCUUCCUGCGGGAGUUCUGCACUCACCUGUGCCUGCGGGGGCAGCUCACCUGCCUGCAGGUGCUGCCCCUGGCCUUCGAGACCCCCACCCACUUCGGCUUCGCGCAGGAACACGCACCUGCCGGGGACCUGUGCGGGCUGCUCACACCUGGGGUGGGCCUCCCCGAGCCGCAGGUGAAGCGCGUGGCCACCCAGGUGGGCGCGGCCCUGGAUUACCUGCACGGCCACGCCCUGGUGCACCGCGACGUGAAGCUGGACAACGUGCUGGCCUUCGACCCCCAGUGCCAGCUGGUCAAACUGGGCGACUUCGGCCUCACCCGCGUCAUGGGCUGGCAGGUGGGGCCCACCUGCGGCUCGGGCCACGCCCCCUACGCCGCACCUGAGCUGUGCCACCUGCGCGAGGCGGAGACGCUGCGCCUGGAGCCCAGCCUGGACGCCUGGGCCUUCGGCGUCCUCCUCUUCGCCCUCCUCACCGGCAACUUCCCCUGGGGGGCGGCCGCGCCCCCGGAUCCCCAGUUUGGGGAGUUCCAGGUGUGGCAGGGCCGCACCUGGCGGCCAGGUGGGCUCUCCGGCGGCGGGGGGGAGGUGCCGCGCGCCUGGCGGGGGUUGGGGGAGGCGGCGCUGGAGAUGCUCCGGAGGCUCCUCCGGCUGGAGCCCGACAGGCGGAGCCACGCCGGGGAGGUGAACAGGUACCUGGACAGGUGCUGGGGAGGGCAGGCGGGGGGGGCCUGA